CCUCUCUCCGGAGCCAGCAGCAGCACAGGAGCUGCCCUGCCUCGUCUUAACACGGAGGAGAUCCCGAAAGCCGGAGUAAUAGCUAAACCCCAUACAGCCAUGGCAGAAAACGCCGGCUUGGAAAACCACCGCAUCAAGAGCUUUAAAAACAAGGGACGAGAUGUCGAGACUAUGAGAAGACAUCGAAAUGAGGUGACAGUUGAGUUGAGAAAGAACAAACGAGACGAACAUCUACUGAAGAAGAGAAAUGUCCCGCAGGAGGAGAGUCUGGAGGACUCUGAUGUCGACUCAGACUUCAAAGGACAAAAUGUUACGCUUGAUGCCAUCUUACAGAACGCUACCAGUGAUAAUGCAGUUAUCCAGCUCAGUGCUGUACAGGCAGCCAGAAAACUGCUGUCGAGUGACAGAAACCCUCCCAUCGACGACUUGAUAAAAUCCGGGAUCCUGCCCAUUUUAGUCAAAUGCCUGGAAAGGGACGACAACCCCUCUCCUGCCCAGGUUUUGGGGAGGACAGCUUGCCGGCCUGGGACCAACAUUGCCUCUGGGACGUCAGCACAGACUCAGGCUGUGGUUAAAUCCAAUGCAGUGCCCCUGUUCCUGCGACUGCUACACUCGCCCCACCAGAACGUAUGUGAACAGGCUGUAUGGGCUUUAGGAAACAUUAUAGGUGAUGGUCCACAGUGCAGGGAUUAUGUCAUCUCCCUGGGCGUGGUCAAGCCCCUGCUUUCUUUCAUCAACCCAUCAAUCCCCAUCACCUUCCUCCGCAAUAUUUUGCCUGCCCUCUGUGUGCUAAUAUAUCACACCGAUAUCAAUAUCCUAGUAGACACAGUGUGGGCUCUGUCUUAUCUGACGGACGGGGGCAAUGAGCAGAUCCAAAUGGUAAUUGAUUCUGGAGUCGUUCCAUUUCUUGUGCCUCUCCUCAGCCAUCAGGAGGUCAAAGUUCAGACGGCAGCUCUGAGGGCAGUGGGUAACAUCGUGACAGGGACAGAUGAGCAGACACAGGUUGUGCUCAACUGCGAUGUCCUCUCACACUUCCCCAACCUGCUCACUCACCCUAAAGAAAAGAUCAACAAGGAAGCAGUCUGGUUCCUGUCCAACAUUACAGCUGGGAACCAACAGCAGGUCCAAGCUGUGAUCGAUGCUGGACUGAUUCCUAUGAUUAUCCACCAACUGGCUAAGGGUGACUUUGGCACUCAGAAGGAGGCAGCAUGGGCCAUCAGCAACCUCACCAUCAGUGGGAGGAAAGACCAGGUGGAGUUCCUGGUGGAGCAGAAUGUCAUCCCUCCGUUCUGUAACCUGCUGUCUGUGAAGGACUCCCAGGUGGUGCAGGUUGUCCUGGACGGCCUGAAGAAUAUCCUCAUCAUGGCAGGAGACGAAGCCAGCACCAUUGCAGAGAUCAUAGAGGAGUGUGGAGGUUUGGAGAAGAUAGAAAAUCUGCAGCAGCACGAGAAUGAGGAUAUCUACAAACUAGCCUUCGAGAUUAUUGAUCAGUACUUUUCAGGAGAUGAUAUUGAUGAGGAUCCCAGCUUGAUCCCCGACACCACUCAAGGAGGGACCUUCAACUUUGAUCCAGCUUCCAACAUGCAAACAAAGGAGUUUAAUUUCUAAAAGCCAGGAUGUUUGGUUCAACCAGCUGCACGGGUACUCUGUAAUCACCCCAGACAUUCAUCCAUCUCUCCUCCAACCUGGCAACCUGGUACCGAAGGAUUUACUUAGCAUCACUUCAACAUGGAAACUCACCACUGAAGGAUUUACCCACCCCUGCCUCUACACUGCGGGGUGUAUUUUAGUUUUUUUUCUCUUUCAAAUGGUCAUCCUUCACUGAACAUGGCAACCCUACAUAGGAGUCCUGGUCAUUCGACAGGCACCAUCACCAUCUGGCAACCUGCAUCAGGAGGAUUGCCACUAUUCUCUGCCAGUGCUUCUAAAUAUCACAAAAAUAAAACCAGAAGGAAGAAAAAGCCUUCGAGGCAAGAUUUAAUUGCCAAAUGUCAAGUCUUCAUAAAGACAAAAACAAGCACAUUUUCAGUCACAAACACACACAUAUACACACUUUUUGACACUUAGAAUUUGUGUGCAUACUUCUGUUAGAAGCCAUCAUAUCACUUAUGGGGAAGAAAAUACUGCUGUUUGUUUGUGGUUUAUUUUUGUGCUUUCCCUCCCCUGGAUUUUCCUCUGGUGUUACUUCAACCACGCGCACGUACACUAACACAACAAGUACACACUUUGAGUCACACGGUUUCCCCGAUGGCCGGGCACCCCAAUAACCCUCUCUCACCCAGUUAAAAGAGUUAAUCCCAGAGCUAAGCCAUGAUUAACCACGGACCCCCGCUGUCCCCCCAGGAGAGUCCUGCGGCAGGGCGGAGGGGUGAAAGGGCUCUUAGGCAAAAAGAGGACUCCGUGGCAAACUGACUGGCGGGACUUCUGACUCAAUGACGUCACUUUUUUAAUGUGACCUCUGUUGAAUUUAUCAAAUGUUUAAAAAAAAAAAAGCAUCAAAAAUGUGAAGAAAAUGCCAUAAUUCUCUUCUUUUUUGUUUCAAUACAUACAACUGUAAGACCUGCUUACUGCCUGCUUCUGAUUCAGCAGAGCGACAACAGUUUUUGUUUAUUACGGAUGUGAAUACCUGUCACGGGAGGAAGCACCUUAAGGUGAAGGCGCAGAGACUUAAGAGAAGAGGAACACGUCAGCUGUAGCGUUUAUCCCCCUACAGGACAUCCAUUUCUGCAGCAGGAGCUCGGUCAAAUCCUGUGAUCAAGUGCUCGGGACUCCCCUGUAAUGUGAAACGUGGAAAAGCGGGGCGGGGGGUUCAACAACAAAAAAACAAAACAAAGUGGAGCUCAAAAAUCGACCCGAAUUGCUUAUCUGACCUUAAGCUUAUUUUAAUUCUUUUAAAAUUCUAUCUUUAAACAAAUAUUUUAGGUUCA